UUAGCGCAUAUGUUAGAGAAUGGGAACAUUACCGAGUUGCUUCCGAUGCUUCUAGCAAGAUAUGUGAAUACCUUAACAGACUAAUAAUGAAAAAGGAUCCUAAAGAUCUUGAACUUAAUACUUUUACCGAUAACAAGCAAUUAUAUUUAUAUAAUGAAGUGUUUGAAAAGCCAUACUUGGAAAAAACACGUCAAUAUUACGAAAGAGAAGCUGCUGCAGUGAUAUCAAAUGAUAACAUUUCUCAAUAUAUGAAAAAG